AUGAGAAGAAACAUCACUUCAGUGACUGAGUUCAUUCUCCUUGGACUGAUCAAUUGCCUGAAAUUGCAGAUUCUCUUCUUUUUGGCCAUUUACAUAGCCAUGGUGGCAGGGAAUCUGGGCAUAACUAUUCUCAUCCAGAUUAAUGCCCGCCUCCACACCCCCAUGCACUUUUUCCUGAGCCAUUUAUCCUUUGUAGAUCUGUGCUUCUCUGCCAAUGUGACUUCCAAGAUGCUGGCAAUUUUUUUAUCAGAGAAGAAAACCAUUACUUAUUCUGCUUGUCUGGUGCAGUGUUACUUCUUUAUUGCCUUGGUCCAUGUAGGGAUCUAUAUCCUAGCUGUCAUGGCCUUUGAUCGGUAUAUGGCCAUCUGCAACCCUCUGCUUUAUGGCAGCAGAAUGUCUAAGAGUGUGUGCACAUCCUUCAUCAUGGUGCCUUAUGCAUAUGGAGCACUCGUUGGGCUUAUGGAGACCAUGUGGACCUACAACGUAGCAUUCUGUGGCCCUAGAGAAAUUAAUCACUUCUACUGUGCUGACCUACCGCUGAUUAAGCUGGCUUGUUCUGACACCUACAACAAAGAAUUGUCCAUGUUUGUGGCUGGAUGUAACCUUUCCUUUUCUCUUCUCAUCAUUCUGAUUUCUUACCUUUAUAUUUGUCUUGCCAUCCUGAAGAUUCAUUCCAAAGAAGACAGGCACAAAGCUUUCUCUACCUGUGGCUCCCAUCUGACAGCUGUCACCAUCUGCUAUACAACUCUUUUCUUCAUGUAUCUUAGACCCCCUUCAGAAGAGUCUGUGGAGCAGGGGAAACUGGUGGCUGUGUUUUACACCACAGUGAUCCCCGUGUUGAUCCCCAUGAUCUACAGCCUGAGGAACAAGGAUGUGAAAGAUUUGAUCAAAGAACUGUUUAGCAGGAAAUUGCUUUCUAAGUAA